UUCUGAUUUUUUUUUCUUUUUAGGUUCUUUACAUAUAAAUAUAAUCACUAUUUAAAUAUAAAUAUAAAUCCCAGAAUAAUUAAAAUAAAAAAAUGAAAACGCACCCAAGUGUACUGUGUUUUUUUAGCCCAUUAAUUUAUUGUUAGUGUUAAAUAUUGUGAUUUGUGAGGCCUUGCCACGAAUGUACAAGAACCCAUUUUCCCCAUGUCACUGUCCCGCCUCCUUCGACGAUUCUCGGAGAAGAAUUCGACCAUCAAUGGCAAAGCAAUCCAUGCUCAGAUCAUCCUUUCGGGGCGGCGGGCGGAUGUCCAAACUGAUAAUCAUUUACUCGCAAUGUAUUCGAAGAUCGGCUGCAUUGACUAUGCCCGGAAGGUGUUCGAUCAAAUGCCUGAGAGAAACGUCGUAUCUUGGACGUCCCUGAUCUCUUCGUAUUCCCAAAUUGGAAUCUCAGAAGAAGCCUUGAAUUGCUUCAGAUCAAUGGUUCUCGAAAGCCGAAUCGAUCCCAAUGAUUACACCUACGUUGCUGCCAUUUCAGCUUGUGCUCAAAUGGAGGCAUUGGCAUGUGGGAAAGAGAUCCAUGGAAGAAUCUACAGGACAGGGGAAGCUGUUAAUAACUUUGUAAAGAAUUGCUUGGUUAAUUUCUACGGAAAAUGCGGGCUGUUGAGGUCGGCUCGGGUAGUGUUCGACACCAUACAUGAUCCGGGCACAGUUAGUUGGGUGUCCCUUAUGUCGAGCUACGUCCGUUGUGGGGAAAAUGAGGAAGGUUUGAGGAUCUUCUUGAGGUCUUUAAGAAUGGGUGUCGGCGUUAACGAGUUUUCCUACGGGACCGUGUUGGGCACUUGCGCUGCAUUGGAGUUUUUAGACUUCGGAAUGCAAGUUCAAUGCCUCGCCGUCAAGCUAGGAGUCGAGAUGGAUCAAUUCGUUGUCACUAAUUUGGUUCAUUUCUACGGUCGAUGUGGCGAUUUGGAGUUGGCGAAAAGGGCAUUGCGCGAGGCGAAUCGAAUCAAUGUGACGGCUUGGACUGCUCUAAUUGGAGGUUGUGUCCAUCUCGGGGAAAAUGCGGAGGCAAUUAGUCUUUUCCGCGAGUUGCAUUGUUUUGGACUAAAACCGAACGAGCAGACGUUUGUUUCUGCACUUGGGGCGCUCGGGAAGGAGAAGGAUGUCGAAGGUGGAAUGCAGCUUCAUUGCUCGAUUGUAAAGGCGGGAUUCGACUCGUUCACUUUUGUUUCAAACUCGGUGUUGGAUUUUUAUGCGAAAGUUGAUCGUCUCGAUGAUUCUUUCGAAGUUUUCCGCAGUAUGGAUGCGCGCGAGAUUGUUAGUUGGAAUGCUUUGAUAGCGGGAUGUGUAAACUUGAGUCGCUACGAAGCAGCGAUUAUGGUGAUUCGGAGCAUGUUUUCGGAUGGAUUCGAGCCCAACGUUUACACGUUUUCGAGCCUGUUGAACGUAUGCGGCGAGUUACCCGCAGCAGCGUGGGGGAAGCAAACACAUUGCCGCGUCGUAAAGCCCGGAUUGGAUUCUAACAUCGUAGUCGGAAGCGCUCUCGUCGAUAUGUACGCUAAGUGCGGGCGAUUGAAAGAUGCUCGGACAGUCUUCGACAUCCUUCCCAACAAGAAUAUCGUAUCGUGGAAUACGAUGAUCACCGCCUACGCGCAGUACGGAUCGGGGAAAGAAGCGUUGGAAAUCUAUGGUGCUAUGGUGACGAAUGGAGUAAGACCAAACGACGUCACGUUCGUCGGAGUAUUGUCUGCCUUAGGACAUACCGGAGAUUUGGAGGGCGCAUUGGCCCAUUUCGGUUCGAUGGCGAAGGACUUCGGCGUCAAACCGAGGGCAGAUCACGUCGCUUGUAUCGUCACUUUGUUGUCGCGAAAAGGUCGAACGAGAGAAGCUUACGAGUUCAUGACGAACUCUCCCGUGGGUAUGAAUAACGUCGUCUGGCGAUCUCUUUUAUCCGGGUGCGUGGCUAAUAACGACUUGGAGUUGGGCUUAUACGCUGCUCAGAAAAUUUUAACCAUAGAUCCGAAUGAUGCAUCUGCUCGAGUCAUGCUGUCUAAGGUUUACGCCGAUUCGAAUAUGUGGAACGAAGCCUCGCAAGUCAGAGAAUCGAUACUCGGAAAGGAGGCUGCGUGUAGUUGGACUUGACGAGAAGAUCGAACGGACGAGAUGAUAAAAGUCUUCUCGGAUCUCUUGUGCCGGCGCUUUCUCCUCGGACUCGAACUGAUAGCACAAGAGAAGGCGUUAACGAGCUCGGAGUCCUCUUCGGUGAUCAACAUAUUGGCCGCACUCUGGUUGGCG